CCCUAAGCCAAAAAUUCACAGCCAAAAUCCAGACAGUGCAUCCACCACUGUCGAACAUCAAUCCCACCACCGCCCCGAAUUUUUGUGACGACUGCAAACUCCAACCCGGCAAGCUGAGCAAUUCUCUCCCCAAGACACCUUCAACUACAGAUCGAUUCUCAGCAGUCAUCAUCCAUAUCCAACAGUCAAGAUGGCCGUCCCGGGUUCUCAAAUUUCCAAGCGCAGAAAGUUCGUCGCUGACGGUGUCUUCUACGCCGAGCUGAACGAGUUCUUCCAGCGCGAGCUUGCCGAGGAGGGCUACUCCGGCGUCGAAGUGCGCGUCACUCCCACCGUCACCGACAUCAUCAUCCGCGCUACCCACACCCAAGAGGUUCUCGGCGAGCAGGGCCGCCGCAUUCGCGAGCUCACCUCCCUCAUCCAGAAGCGCUUCAAGUUCCCCGAGAACUCGGUGUCCCUCUACGCCGCCAAGGUCCAGAACCGCGGUCUGUCCGCCGUCGCUCAGUGCGAGUCCCUGCGCUACAAGCUCCUCAACGGUCUCGCCGUCCGUCGUGCCUGCUAUGGUGUCCUCCGCUUCAUCAUGGAGAGCGGCGCCAAGGGUUGCGAGGUCGUCGUUUCCGGUAAGCUGCGUGCCGCCCGUGCCAAGUCCAUGAAGUUCACCGACGGCUUCAUGAUCCACUCCGGUCAGCCCGCCCGCGACUUCAUCGACAGCGCCACCCGCCACGUUCUCCUGCGCCAGGGUGUUCUCGGUAUCAAGGUCAAGAUCAUGCGCGGCUCCGACCCCGAGGGCAAGGCCGGUCCCUCCAAGUCUCUACCUGACGCCGUCACCAUCAUCGAGCCCAAGGAAGAGUCCAGCAUCGUGACUCCCGUGAGCCAUGACUACGGCGCCAAGGCCGCCCAGAUCCAGGCUCAGGCCGAGGCUGCUCGCGCCGCCGAGGAGGAAGGCGCCGAGGAGGCUGCCCCCGCUGAGGAAUAAAGGAUUGAGCAGUCGGUGCUGGACUCUUCAAUCUGAACGGCGGGGAAAGAAAAACAGGGGGGGAUGGAAAUGGAUGAAUUCUAACGAGGAAACGCGGUCUGUAUUUUCUCGAGGGCAAGAGAUUCUUCGGCGUCUUUGAUCAUCACUUGCAUUACAGGGACGGGAAAUAACGGAUGCUCUAUUGUCGAUUCUAGGCUGGCUAGAUACGGCCUCUACUAGGGAGAGCUGUGGACUGCAAAAUAGCAAUCGUCACACAAAAUGUGGAAGUCCAGGUGAAAGGUGUUAUAUAUGCUAAAGUGAAAUGCCUUUUUACUAAACGUAAUGAGUACUAGUUAAUGAAUACUUAUAUCUGCCAUUACUUGGGUAUUUCAGUUAUGGGCCACUCAAUGAAAACGAAGAUAAUUCACAUUCGAUAUCCUCAAAAAUCGGCGUACACGCACCCUUCUCAUUCUCGUAGGAUAGGUAACUUGCCUAGCUAAUACGUGAGCACAUAAACUUCCCUCCUUGGUACAUACUAGAUAUCUACCAUACCAUAGUCUGGGGUAGAUGUACUUGAAAUUCGACACACAUUUAUGCUAGAGGAUAGCGCUCAUUAAGUACUCGCCAUCUCCUAGCGGCCUACACGACCUAACAACUUGGCGACGGCUAUUCAGAGUCGCUCGCUAACCCGUCAACUGUCGCUCCAA